CCGUACGGCACCGUAGCUGAAGACGAAACAUGCCAGCAAAAGGUCCUUUGCAAUCUGUCCAGGUCUUUGGACGUAAAAAAACCGCCACAGCAGUUGCUCACUGCAAAAGGGGGAAUGGCCUGAUCAAAGUGAACGGCAGACCCCUGGAAAUGGUGGAGCCGGCCACUCUCCAGUACAAGCUUCUGGAGCCAGUGCUGUUGCUGGGAAAGGAGCGUUUUGCUGGUGUCGACAUCAGAGUCAGAGUGAAGGGUGGUGGACAUGUGGCUCAGAUCUAUGCUAUCCGUCAGGCCAUCUCCAAAUCCCUGGUUGCCUACUAUCAGAAGUAUGUGGACGAGGCCUCCAAGAAAGAGAUCAAAGACAUCCUGAUCCAGUACGACAGGACCCUGCUGGUUGCCGAUCCACGUCGCUGCGAGUCUAAGAAGUUCGGUGGACCCGGAGCUCGUGCCCGCUACCAGAAGUCCUACCGUUAAUCCCCCUGUACAUUUUCUUAAUAAAUUGGA